AUGGUUGUAUAUGUCAACUACAGAGCGUGUAAACAGAAUGCCAAGGGAACAAACACGAAUCAUCGUGGUGGUUGCGCAAAUGCUUUGUUCAUCUUGGUCGUGCUCGCGGCCAUACUGUCACUGACCCAUGGCUAUGUCCGCGUGUGCUACUACACUAACUGGUCCCAGUAUCGAGAAGGCAAGGGCCGGUUCCUUCCAGAGAACAUCGACCCGUAUGUGUGUACGCACAUUCUGUUCGCAUUUGGAGAUGCCAACGCCACCACCAACAGCAUCACAACCAUCGAAGCGAAUGACUUGGACCUGUAUAACCGCACGACGGCGCUGAAGACACAGAACCCCAGCCUCAAGAUUCUGCUGGCGGUGGGCGGCUGGAACGCCAAGUCGACGGAGUUCACGCAAAUCGUAUCCACCGAUGAGACGAUGAACGAGUUCAACGUCAAGGCGCUGGCCUUCCUCAGACAACACAACUUCGACGGCCUUGAUAUAGACUGGGAAUACCCGACUGACCGAGAAGGAAACCCGCAGGAUAAACAGCGCUUCACACUCUGGUUACAGGUUUGUAGAUCAUCACUGAUGGGUCAGGGCUUGCUGAUCUCUUGGAUAGUGAUUCAUGCGGUGAAGUCAGCACAGCUGUUUAAGCCCAAAAGACAUCGAAGCUGGCUCUGGAGGCUGCGACAGCUGUUUGAAGAUGACGCCGCUCAGACGAAACAGCCACGGCUAGAGCUCAUGGUAGCGGUGAUCGCCUCCAUAGAAAGGGCUCGCAGAUACUACGACAUAGCGCAAGUAGCAAAAGCUGUGGACUACAUCAACAUUAUGUCGUAUGAUUUCCAUGGCAACUGGGACGCUGCCAGGGGAGCCUAUUCACAUGCAGAACUAUUUUCAAACAUCGACAACACAAUAAAAGCCUGGAUACAGGACUCAGGACUUCCGGCCAAACUGACGAUGGGAAUACCCGCAUAUGGUAAUUCAGUUACACUGAAGUCGUCCACCAACCCACCGCCCAACAAUGGAGUUGGCGAACCAAGCACGGGUCCCGGGGUUGCAGGGCCACACGCGUCAUUGGGUGGAACAUUAACAUAUCUCGAGAUCUGUGAGAAUGUUAAAAAUAAUGGCUGGACAUCGAAGUACAUACCUGCUCUCGGCACCACUGCAACAUGGGGCACUUCGUCAGCUGGUUUAGAGUGGUCCGGCUACGACGACAUUGAAAGUACUAAAAGAAAGAUUCAGUACAUCAAAGAUAAGGGUCUGGGUGGAGCGAUGGUUUGGAGUCUCGACUAUGAAGACUACGGUAAUUUCUGCGGCAAAGGAAAGUUCCCCCUAAUGAACGCACUUAAAGACGGUCUACCUAAUGACGACGACAGAACAGCACCUCCGACGACAGCUACCACACCUACAACAACGACAAAACCCCAAGAAACCACCACCACUACCACUACCACAACAACAACAACUACCACCACAGCGGCACCAAAACGUAAAGUACGCAACUGGGGUGCAUGCAGGAUUCAGUAUAUGCCACGAAGAUGGUGUAACCCAUCCCGCUCUAUGAGGCGAAAUCCUCGCAAGUUUGCUCUGACGUCAGUGCCUUACAUGUCUCUGUGUCUCGUCUGUAUGUGCAACCAAGGAGUCGUGUACAACCCCUGCACCAAGAAAUGUGUCAGCCCUAAAAUGAGGAAAUCCUGCUCCAUCAGAGGAUAGAGGGAAUCGUUCCAACAGGACAGAAACUAUGCCUUGAUUGACUGGACAAUUCUUUGAAUCGCACAACGCGUGCAGCUUUUAAUUUGUUUUCAUUCUAGGGAUGCUUUAAAUUUUAUUCAGUGAUAAGAAAAAGAAAGAAAAAGUCCCGUCUAAUUUGACGAGUUAUUAUAGAUUUAAUAACGAUGGUUUCAACGUUCAAAUAAAGUGUGUUUUUAACUAAAUUGUUGACAUUUCCAAUGACGGUAACAGGAAUGUUUAAAGGGUAUGUUUUAAAAAUUAACUAGUAGAGUUUAUGGUUUGUAUUUAAUUUUCUUUAAUAAACUGCAGAAAAGAGAGAGAACAU